UUCGAAGCUUUUCCUCCUCCUCCGCGCAUCUCGGCGCCGCGCCAUGGCCGCUCUCAGCUCGCGCCGCCGCCAUGGCAGCCUCCGCCUCCUCGCCGUGGCCCUCCUGGUGCUCGCCGGAGUGGCCUCCUCCGCCGCCGCGGCGGGGAGCGGCCGCGGCGCAUUUGACCCAUCCCGCGUCGUGCAGCUCUCGUGGCGCCCCAGGGCGUUCCUGCACAAGGGGUUCCUGACGGACGCGGAGUGCGAGCACCUGAUCUCGCUGGCGAAGGACAAGCUGGAGAAGUCGAUGGUGGCGGACAACGAGUCCGGGAAGAGCGUCAUGAGCGAGGUGCGGACCAGCUCCGGCAUGUUCCUCGAGAAGAAGCAGGACGAAGUUGUAGCUAGGAUAGAGGAGAGGAUUGCAGCUUGGACGUUCCUUCCACCAGAUAAUGGCGAAUCCAUUCAAAUAUUACAUUAUCAGAAUGGCGAGAAGUAUGAGCCACACUAUGAUUACUUCCAUGACAAAAAUAAUCAAGCUCUUGGAGGACAUCGGAUCGCCACUGUGCUCAUGUACCUUUCAGACGUUGGGAAGGGGGGAGAGACCAUCUUUCCAGAAGCAGAGGGGAAGUUAUUACAACCCAAGGAUGAUACAUGGUCUGACUGUGCUAAAAAUGGAUAUGCAGUAAAACCGGUAAAGGGUGAUGCCCUUCUGUUCUUCAGUCUCCACCCCGAUGCAACAACAGACUCUGACAGCCUGCACGGGAGCUGCCCGGUCAUUGAAGGUCAGAAGUGGUCCGCAACUAAAUGGAUCCAUGUGAGGUCCUUCGACAUCUCUGUCAAGCAGGGAGCUUCCACUGACGGGUGCGAGGAUGAGAACGUCCUCUGCCCCCAGUGGGCUGCAGUAGGGGAGUGUGCCAAGAAUCCGAACUACAUGGUGGGUACCAAUGAAGCACCUGGCUUCUGCCGGAAGAGCUGCAAUGUGUGUGCACAGUAAGUUACUGAUCCACCCUUGUGAUACAUAGCAGCACGCCCUCGAUAAUUGUUGCCGCGGUACCGGGUGUAUAUAGGACUGAGCAUAGCAUGUGUAACCUGGAAGGAGUUAAGAUGUACUAAGAUCCAUUUCGCCUAUAUGCACCUAGAAAAAUUAUAGCCAGACUCUUGUUUCUGUUCAUUGUUCAAGCUCGAGGCUAGUUACUCAUUUUAGCUGAAGCAAUGGAAUCUACGACCACGGAUUGUACACUCUUCUUUGCUUCACUUUCUGUGGCAAUCGAUUGCUUUUCUUCUUGGAAAGGAAAGUUAUUCUUCUGGUGAAACUGGUUGCUUGCAAUUUACAAAAACGAGAGACAACUCAAUUGAUCUGGACCAGAUUUGAUAAGUAGACUCGUAGUAUGUAUAUAUCAAUAAUGUCUGGUGUCGUUUUACUUGUUGGGUUGUUGUUCAGUUGCCGAAUCGAAUGGAACACCUAUGCCCUGGCCUAUGUGUAAUGUGUGAUACCCAAUCUACCAAACCAAAUAAAUUUGCUUUUA